AUGCCCUCUCGCUGCAGGAAUGCGCUGAACAUCGUGGUCACCACCCUUUUUGCUGCACUGGUCCUCUUCACCAUCCUGCUGGCCUAUGUCACAGGAUACCAAUUCAUCCACACUGAGCAGCACCACCUCUCCUUUGGCCUCUAUGGUGCCUUCCUUUCCCUUCAUCUCUUACUCCAGAGCCUUUUCGCCUUCCUGGAGCAUCGACGGAUGAGAUGCCCCUCCCGGCCACAGCACCUCCGACGCUCCGUGGCUCUCUGCAUUGCCGCCUACCAGGAGGACCCAGAUUACCUGAGGAAGUGCCUGCGCAGUGUCCGCCGAAUCUCCUUCCCUGGCCUGAAGGUGGUGCUGGUGGUGGAUGGGAACCGUGCAGAGGACCACUACAUGAUUGACAUUUUCCAGGAGGUGAUGGGUGGGGCUGACCAGGCUGGCAGUAUGGUGUGGAAGGGAAACUACCACAGUGAUGGGUGUGGAGGAGGAGGAGUCGGAGGUGGAGUGAGGAGCACAGUGCACAUGGAGGAGGCAGCACGAGUGGCUCGGCUGGUCAGAGGCUGCCGCUACUCCUGUAUCAUGCAGGAGUGGGGAGGGAAAAGAGAGGUGAUGUACACUGCCUUUAAAGCACUGGGAGACAGUGUGGAUUAUGUGCAGGUGUGUGACUCGGACACAGUUCUAGACCCAGCAUGUACCAUAGAAAUGCUGAAGAUCCUUGAGGAAGAUCCAAUGGUGGGAGGGGUCGGUGGAGACGUGCAGAUCCUUAACAAGUACGACUCCUGGAUCUCCUUCCUCAGCAGCGUGCGUUAUUGGAUGGCCUUCAACAUUGAGCGGGCCUGCCAGUCCUACUUUGGGUGCGUCCAGUGUAUCAGCGGACCUCUGGGGAUGUAUAGGAACUCUUUGCUCCAGCGCUUCCUGGAGCCCUGGUACCACCAGACCUUCCUGGGCUCCAAGUGCAGCUUCGGCGAUGACCGCCACCUCACCAACCGGGUGCUCAGCUUUGGCUACAAGACAAAAUUCACAGCACGAUCGCAGUGCCAGACUGAGACACCGACCCAGUAUUUGCGAUGGCUCAACCAGCAGACUCGAUGGAGCAAGUCUUAUUUCCGUGAGUGGCUGUAUAAUGCCCUGUGGUUCCACAAGCACAGCCUCUGGAUGACCUAUGAGUCCGUGGUCACCGGCUUCUUCCCUUUCUUCUUGGUUGCCACCGUCAUCCAUCUCUUCUACCGUGGAAGGCUGUGGAACAUCCUGCUCUUCUUAUUAACGGUCCAACUGGUUGGGAUGGUGAAGGCCACCUAUGCCUGUUUCCUGCGUGGCAGCCUGGUGAUGAUCUUCAUGUCCCUGUACUCUCUGCUCUACAUGUCCAGCUUGCUCCCUGCCAAAAUAUUUGCACUGCUCACCAUCAACAAGGCUGGAUGGGGAACUUCAGGCCGGAGGAAGAUUGUGGUAAACUUCAUUGGCGCUGUGCCCGUCACAGUGUGGGCUACGGUGCUGCUCGGGGGUGUGGGGUAUACAAUCUACUGCGAAACACAGGAGCCAUUUAGUGAGACAGAGAAAGCCUUGUUGAUAGCAGGAACAAUACUCUACGCCUGCUACUGGCUUAUUCUGCUGGUACUCUACCUGGCAAUCGUAGCCAAACGGUGUAACAAGAGGGAAGAGCAGUAUCACCUGCCAUAUGCGGAGGCAUAA